CGCGUUUCUCUCUCCUUCCGCCAUUUCUAUCUCUCUUUCAAAUCUACACCAGGAAAUCGGAGAUUCAACAAGGAACGACUAUGGCGGCAGUAGCAUCAUCAUCGGCGCGUGACGAGUACGUUUACAAGGCGAAGUUGGCUGAGCAGGCGGAGCGAUACGAGGAGAUGGUAGAGUUCAUGGAGAAGGUUUCAGCUUCUGUUGAAUCCGAUGAACUUACAAUCGAGGAGAGGAAUCUUCUCUCUGUCGCUUACAAGAACGUGAUUGGAGCGAGAAGAGCUUCCUGGCGUAUUAUCUCCUCCAUCGAGCAGAAGGAGGAGAGUCGCGGGAAUGAAGAUCAUGUUUCAAUUAUCAGAGAUUACAGAUCGAAGAUCGAAUCUGAACUUUCUUCCAUCUGUGAAGGUAUUCUCAAGCUUCUUGAUUCCAGGCUUAUUCCAUCGGCUUCAGUUGGAGAUUCCAAAGUGUUUUAUCUGAAGAUGAAGGGAGAUUAUCAUCGUUAUCUUGCUGAAUUCAAGACCGGAGCUGAGAGAAAGGAGGCAGCUGAGAACACUCUCAACGCCUAUAAAGCGGCUCAGGAUAUUGCUAAUGCUGAGCUCCCACCAACACAUCCUAUUCGUCUAGGGCUUGCUCUGAACUUUUCUGUGUUCUAUUAUGAAAUCUUAAACUCACCCGAUCGUGCAUGUGGUCUUGCAAAGCAAGCUUUCGAUGAAGCAAUUGCUGAAUUGGACACACUAGGAGAAGAGUCUUACAAAGACAGCACUUUGAUUAUGCAACUCCUUAGGGAUAACCUUACCUUGUGGACCUCAGAUAUGCAGGAUGAUGGGGCUGAUGAGAUUAAAGAAGCUUCCAAGAAUGAUGAACAGUGAGAGACUGAAUUUGAAUUUUAGGGUUUCUCCUGUUGUGGGUAUCUUUUUUAUAUAUAUAUAAACUGGGAGAAGGUGAUUUGAUUGCUUGUUUGCUUUCUAAAUUCCUAUGAUUAGGAAUCAGAAUGUUGUAGGCUUUCAUGCUUGUUAUACUGGAACCUUCAAAAUUUCCUACUUUUACUAUUGUUAUGUUGUUUGCUUAAUGUGAUUUCGGGUGAUUACCAA